AUGGCUCAGACGGUCCCCCACCCUCUCUCCGACCUCACUGUCGCUGAGAUCAACCGAGCACGAGACAUUGUGCUCGGGCUGCAUCCCGGCAGUGUCAUCGACUUCCGGUCAAUCUAUCUUCUGGAACCUCCCAAGUCCGAGGUUGUUCCUUUCCUCGAUCUCGAGCAUGCCGGGAAAUUGAAAGCGUCAACCCCGCGGCCAGCUCGGUUGGCGCAGGUGCGAUAUGAUAUCAUCGGUGGUGCCAAAGCCGCCGAGUAUCAUGAGUCGGUCAUCGACGUCUCCUCUUCGAAGCGCGUGAAGCACGACAUUGUUGGCACCGAGCACCAUGCCAGCUUGACAAUCUUCGAGUUCCAAAAAGUGGUUGAGUGCGUGCAGAACUCGAAACUCUUCCAAGAAAGGUUCAAGACGAUCCAGCUGCCCCCAGGCUUCGAGCUGGUCAUUGAGCCCUGGCCAUAUGGCGGGCCGGACCAAGAGGAUGGCGAUACGCGCUUCUUCCAGGCUCUGUGCUUCGGACGAGACACCCGCAGCGGCAACCCGGACUCCAACUUCUACGCCUACCCGCUACCAUUCAUCCCGAUCGUGGACGCGCGCAAGAACGAGGUUGUGCGAGUCGACGAACCUGCCACUGGCGGUGGAAAUGAUGCUUUGGACGCAAAGACGCACAAGCUCGGGGUCCUUGAUCACUGCCGCACGUCGGAGUAUGUUCCGGAGCUGAUCCCAGGUGGUGUCCGCAAGGAUGUCAAGCCCUUGACCGUCCUGCAGCCCGAGGGACCCAGCUUUGCCAUUUCCGAUUCGAAUUUGAUCCAGUGGCAGAAGUGGCGGUUCAGGGUGACUUUCAACCCGCGUGAAGGCGCUGUGCUCCACGAUAUCCGAUAUGAUGGCCGCGACAUCUUGUACAGGUUGAGCAUGAGCGACAUGACGGUGCCAUACGCAGACCCACGCAAUCCCUUCCACAGGAAGCAGGCCUUUGACUUUGGCGACGGCGGUCUGGGCAAUUGCACAAACAACCUGACGCUAGGGUGUGACUGCCUGGGUGUCAUCAAGUACUUUGAUGGCAUUCUGACCAAGGCCGACGGCUCGGCUGAGGUGAGCAAGCAAGUCAUCUGCCUGCAUGAGCAAGAUGAUGGCAUCGGUUGGAAGCACACCAACUGGCGCACAGGCCGUGCCGUCGUCACUCGCCGGCGUGAGCUCGUGGUGCAGUUCAUCAUCACGCUCGCAAACUAUGAAUAUGUGUUCGCAUUCAAGUUCGACCAAGCUGCCGGCAUCGAGGUUGAGGCGCGCGCCACAGGUAUUGUCUCCGUCGUCAACAUCGACGAGGGCAAGACGGCGCCAUGGGGCAACGUGGUGAGCCCCGGAACGCUGGCGCAGAACCACCAGCACAUUUUCUGCCUUCGUAUCGAUCCGGCGGUGGAUGGCCACUCAAACACCCUGGUCCAAGAGGACAGCGUCCCUGUCCCAAUGAACAAGGUGACGAAUCCAAAUGGCAAUCGUUACGAGGUGCAGGCCAAGGCAAUUGAGACGUCGUCGGGCAUCGACCUUAACCCGUUCAGCAACCGCGUCUUCAAGGUGCAGAACCUGUCCAAGCGCAACCCUGUGAGCGGCAAGCCUGUCGGGUAUAAGAUUACCACGCCGCCCACGCAGCUGCUCCUUGCCGACCCUGACAGCAUCCAGGCGCAGCGCGCGCUCUUCACCAAGCACCACAUGUGGGUGACCAAGCACAAGGACGACGAGCUGUAUGCUGGUGGACGCUACACGCUGCAGAGCCGCCGAGAGAAUGGCGGCGUGUACGAUGCGGCGGCUCGGGGAGACAAUGUCAAGGACGAGGACAUUGUCAUUUGGAGCGUGUUUGGACUGACACACAACCCUCGCGUGGAAGAUUGGCCAGUCAUGCCGGUCGAGAAGCUUCAGGUACACAUCACGCCGCAAGACUUCUUCACCGGGAACCCGGCGAUCGAUGUUCCCUCGAACGCCGACAUUGGCUCCAAGUUGACGAGCGGGGCUUGCUGCAAGGGAGAUGGGGACAAGCCCAAGUUGUAA